ACGUGAGCGUACCAGUUAUAAAUGGUCAGACCAUGUGCAAACUGUGAGUUCAAGUGAUAGAAUCACCCCUACAUGUCCUGUUCGACAUGUCAUGCCAAAAUGAACGGAAAUGUUGUCACCAAACUGAUUAACUGUUGUGUUUCCGUCUAGGAUAACAUUCGGAUGCUGUCACAAAAAGAGACUUGUAUAGAUGAGACAGGCUAAUUGUAAAUAAUGUCUGACGUGGAUGACAACUACCAGGACACUCUACAGAAGAACUUCUACCUGUUCAGCCGGUACAUUGUUGCCGAGGAUUUCCUCGAGAAGCUGAUCAGCGAAGAUGUUCUCACCAUCGAUGAUAAGGAAGUCAUCACAAAUAAAUGUAUUCAUCAUAACAGGAGGGAGAGAGCAAAUAAAUUAAUAGAGAUUUUGAUGACUCGAGGAGAACGUGGCUACUUCAAGUUUCUGGAGAUCUUGGAAUACCAGUACCCACAUGUGUAUCAGGAUGUUACAAAGAAAGAACCCAGGGACCCACCACCAGGUUUUCAGCGUAAUCGUGUAAGUGAUCGUCUGAGAAUUAUUCGUAACUUGCCAAACCUACUGGAACAAAUGAAGGCACAAGUUAUAGAGAACUCGGAGUUGGACUCACAGCUCUGUGUGCUGCAGCAACUACUGGAAGUAUCCAAGGAAGAAAAUGCUGCUCUAGAGAGAGAAUGUGAGAUGCUGAAAAACAUCCGACAGGAAAACAGACAACUUAUGCUCAGAAUGAAAGUGUUAGAAACAGAAAAUUACGAGCACCAAGUGACCAUCAAUACCUGGACAACCAAGUCGUAUCACCUGAUGGAGUCAUUGAACGAGUAUAAAGAAAAGUGUAAUAAUCUUCAGGUGAAAUAUGACAACCUCUAUAAGGAAUAUACCGAACUUAAGAGAGAGAAAAAUAUGGCCAGUGCUGACACAGGUAAAGUUGAAGUUCCAGUAAAGGAAGGCCCAAGAACAUCCCCUCCCCAUGUAGACAAUGGGCCCCAUUACAGAGCUAGACUGGAUAUCCUAGAACAAGAACUUGACAACUAUAAGAUACAGUGUGAGGACCUGACUACACGUAUGCAGAGAGCCAACGAAAGUGUACAGGCCCUGGAACAGGAUAAUGAUCAGUUAAAUAAAGAGCUACGGGUGAAUGCCAAGGAGAGGAAGAAUUUAGAUAAACAAUACACUGAUGCCAUUAUAAAAAAUGAAUCCUACUAUCAAACUAUACAGAAGAAAAAUGAUGAAAUUAUUGAGCUACAACAGCGAAGUAUGGCAGAGCAACAGCGUCUUACAGAGCUUGUACGUGAGAAGAAGGAAUUGUUUGAGCAGAACCACCGACUAGAAGCAGAGCUGCAGUCAUGUAGGGCAGAAGUUGAUAAGAUCAAGGCUCGAUUCUCAGGUAGCAGUUAUGAGACUACAGGAAGUAGCCAGGAACCAGGGAGUAGUGGUUCAGACGCAGAACAGUCAGAGGAUAGUCCUAGGAUGCAUAGAACAAUGCAAGAUUUGCUUGAUUUUGAUAUUGGACUUCAGUGUCAGUAUUUACGUCAGAGAAGGAAGGUUGUGAAGAAGUGUUAUAGUGGCGACAAAUAUGCUCAAAGGUUGGCCAUGCAGAGACAGCAUGGACCUGGAGCUGAUAUUCUUGGUUUCCUUUCAAGGAUGAAAGGUGAUGGGACAAGUGACCUCACUCAUAAAGCUAAUACGUUACCAGCAAAGGCAAACGAUUCACCAGAAAAGCUUUUUCAGCGCGAGGUAGCACACUUCAGGUAUACUCGUAAGGGGGAGUCUAGUUUAUCUGAUUCAAUGAAUGUGAACACAGGAAGCUUCAAGGACAGAGACAGUAAAACAGAGACUGGAUUACCAGUGUUGUGGAAUGAAAGGUCAGAAAUGGAUACUGGCUCAAAAAGGGAGCCAGUAAGUCACCCUGUUGAUCAGUAUGAUGAAGAGGAACCUGACACUGCCAGUGAGAGUACUGUGUACAUUCCAAGAACAUCUAGAGGUAGUCAAGACAAGCCAGGUCAUCAAAAGAGUACAAAGAAACCAGAUCAUCACGCGCUCAGUUCCAGUUCAACCUCAGACAGUUCAGGUUCAGCAAAAACUGAAGUGAAAUAUAAAGGUGGCCUGCCAACUGGAGGUAAAAGGGUGUACAGGAGAGAUAAUAAUAACAGUCUUAGGCAACAUGGUGCUAAAUGUGCGAGCAUCAUCAGCCAGUCAGAUAGUUCCAGUGAUGGCAAUGUCAUAUCUGACUUCUCCAGUCAUGAGGUUUUUACUGAGCUACUGCCAAAAGAUUGUCUUGUUAUAAAUCGACCAGGAUGGACAGACAAGAAUAUGAGCAGACGUGUUAGAAUGAAAUAUUCCAACCUUCUUGACAAGUUAGAGUUCAAAGGAGGUAACCACACUGGGAUAUUUCUGACAAAACAAUACAAGUUACUGGAGCUGAAUGAAGGAGAACAAAUCAAGGGUAUUAUAUUCACACCAAAUGAAAGGGUAAAUCCAGUCAUCACAGAUCUAAAGGGUUGCUGUUUAGAAGAUUUUCACCGCCUUUUAUGUGGGGAUUUCAUCAAUAAGAAAAAGGAGAGAGAAAUUUGUCUGGAGGUCAGAAAUAGCAAACAAGAGUAUACAUCUGCUUGUGAAUGGAUGGAAAACAACAAUGGACAUGGAGAUUACUUCUUUGUUAGGUGUAAUGUAAACUUAGACAGUAAAAGAGAUGACAAUGUCAAUUUGAAGCCAGGAGAUAUAUUUCUGGUGAAGAAUUCUUGUUACGGAGAUGAACAGUGGCAAGGUCAUGUGAUAAAUGCAGCAACAGGUGUCAUGACAACCACCCAGUCACUUAUACCCAACAUGCAACAAGCAAUGCGAUCUUUGGCAUGUGUUCGUUGUAACAGUACAGAAGAAGAAGAAUCAGGCAAAAGACGUGGCUUCAAAGUCAGAGGUCAGGCUUAUGACAGAGUACUCCCAAUGAAAGCAUCAACAAAACUUCCAGUGUAUAUUAUUGGACCAGACAGCCAAGUAGUAUCUGCCAUGCUUGACUUAAUCUCUGCAAAUCUCUCACACAAAUUCAUAGUGGAUACAAAUAAUGCAGAUACUGGAUGUGUAGCUGACGCAGGAGGAGAAAUGGAACUCUACAGACAUGACAUGCAUAUAGUGCGGGGCGGGAGGCUGGAUCACAUGAAGUCACAUCGAUCCAUACACAGAGUAACUGUGCUUAUCACCAUAACAGCUGAAAUGUCAUCUGCUGAUACAAAGAAGCUGUUUGGAACUGAUUGUGAUGUUGAAUGUAAAAGUAGUACCAUUUCACAGUGUGAGACGGUUAAACAAAAGCUUUCUGAUUUUGGGCAUUCUUUUGAAGAAAUCUGCAUUCCAUCAGUGCAUACAAAAGAGGCAUUAUUGCGCAGUUUCAAGGCGUGUAUUGAGACGGCACAGAAUCGUAUAUUGUGGUUUAGCAGUAAGGAAAUGGAUGAACAAGUGGCUAAUAGAUAUCCAUCCUAUCUCGGACAACUGUGUGAUUUAUCCAAAACACUGGCAGAACUUUCCAAACAAAAAUCAGAGCAGCAGUGAAAUCCUUUCUAGUACAGUCGAAUAUUGUUUGCUUGAUUAUUGUUCGCUCGAACUUGAUGGGAUCAGCAAAAUUUGUUUGAGUUAUCGGUUGUUUGAGCUAUUGAAUAAAAUACACUAUGCAGGGGUUUUGCCGGGAUUUGACAACAAAUUCAAGCAAAGGGAAAUGCAUGAAUUAUCCGAGUUCGUGUGAACAAAGUUUGACUGUAGUUGAAUGUGUUUGUUUUUUCCUGUACUAACUUUAUAUUUAUAAUAGUUGUGAAGUGAUAACAACUUAUUUUUCUAUAUAUAAUGUGGUCAUUUUCCAUGGAUGAAAAAAUGUAGAAUAAGAGAUGUAUAUGAUUAUUCCAGCAUGAAGCUGCUGUUUUAUCAUCCUCGAGAAUUUAGUUGUGUUUUAACAGGAGAGUAAACAUGUAUUAACAGGGAGACCACAAUAUGUCAUACUGUUAAGACCUUGGUACAUAUAUGCGACUCAUGGCAAAUUCUGUUCAUCACAAUGAUGCAUAUUUAAACAAAUUUGAGAUGGGCUGAAUGCUCAUCACAAAAUAUUCUGCUGAAUCACUCUGGGUACCAGUCACCAGCACCUUGGCAUUCUUCAGAUGUUAGGUUACACUUAACAAAUAAACUUUAUUUCAGGUUAAAAUACAAUUAAAAAGUUUUGUUUUAGAAAUCAUAACCAUAAAAUCACACACUUUUUAGCUCACCUGAGCCAAAGGCUCAUGGUGAGCUUUUGUGACCGCUCAAUGUCCGUCGUCAGUCAUCCGGCGUGCGGUGUUUGUCCGUCAGCAAUUUCUGAAUAAUCUUCUUCUUGAAAACCACAGGGCAGAAUUACACCAAGCUUCACAGGAAUGAUCCUUAUGUGGCCCCCUUCCAAAAUUGUUCAAAGAAUUGAAUUCAAUGCAGAACUCUGGUUGCCUUGGUAACCGAAAGGGAAAACUUUAAAAAUCUUCUUAUCCAAAACUGCAAGGCAUAGAGCCUUGAUAUUUGGCAUAUGACAUCAUCUAAUGGUCCUCUAUGAAGACUGUUCAAAUUGUGCCCCUUGGGUGAAAAGAGGCCCCGCCCUUGGGGUCACAAGUUUUACAUAGACUUAUAUAGGAAAAAACUUCAAAUAUCUUCUUGUCUAAAACCACAAAACCUAGGCCUUUGAUAUUUGGUAUGUAGCAUUGCCUCGUGGUCCUUUACCAAAAUUGUUCAAAUUAUAACCCUGGGGUGAAAAGGGGCCCUGCCCCGGGGGGUCUCAAUUUUUACAUAGAAUUAUAUAGGAAAAAAACUAAAAAUCUUCUUCCCUGAAACUGGAAGGCCUAGGCUUCUGAUAUUUCGUAUGUUGCAUUGCCUUGUGGUCCUCUACCGAAAUUGUUCAAAUUAUGCCGCUGGAAUGAAUAGAGGCCCUGCCCUGGGGGUCCCAAAUUUAACAUAGGAUUAUAUAGGGGAAAAAUACAAAUCUUCUUGUCUUUAAGUUCAAGGCCUAGACCUUUGAUAUUUGGUAUUUAGCAUUGCAUAGUGGAUCUCUAACAAGAUUGUUCAAAUUUUGCUCCCUAAGGUGGAAAGAGGCCCUGCCCUCGGGGGUCACUUGUUAUAUGAGUUAUAUAGGAAUAUAUACUUCAGAAAUUAUCAGAUCAUAUUUCCUAAACUGUUUAAUUAUAAUUACCCGAUGACCCCAAUCGAUUAGGGGGCACUUGACUGUGACCUUGACCUACUGACCUACUUUCUUGUUUUUUAAGAUACAGCCUUGAAAUUUGGAUGACAUGUACAGUUUUGCACACCAAUCUUAAAAUUGACUUUCAGUGACCAUGAAUGUGACCUACUGAUUGGCUUUCUAAUAUUUUAGCAUCAGUGUGCCAUUUUAAACAUGUGGCUCUUAUUACUCAGGUGAGCGAUUUAGGGUCAUCAUGACCCUCUUGUUCACUGUCCAAGAUUAUCUUGUCUAUUAUUGCAUUAAGUGUAGAAUAAAGAGAAUAGUGUUAGAUGUCAUAGCUUUCCUUGCUGUUAGUGUUGUUAUCCCCCGCGAGGGUGGAGGGAUAUUGUUUGGCGUUGUGCGUCCGGCUGUUCAUGUGUCCAUCUGAAAUUGAAAAUGCUUCUUUAGCUAGAAUCACCAAACCUCGCUUAAUCAAUGAUUACCACAUGGUCUUUGCGCACAUUUAGCAUUAUCCCCCUUGCCGCAUUAAAAGCAGUUUUUCCCCUUGAUUUGGUAAACAAAAAUAAAAAUGCUUAUAAUUCAAAAGUUAUUUUAGCUAGAAUCACCAAACCUUGCAAUAAAUAUUCAUUAACAGAUGA